GCGGGGAGGCCAUGGCGGCCGCGCUGGCGGGGACGCGGCGGAGGGCGGCAGCUUUCCUGCUUUCGUCUGCGGUUCGGCGCCAGAGCUCCCAGAGCACGUCGCUGCAGCAAGGACUUAUUGCCAAAACGUCUCUGACUUCGCCCCCAUGGCCUGAAGUGAAGCUCCCAGACCCGGUGGAAGAGGCGAAGUAUCAUGCAGGUGUUGCUGGUUGGUGCUGACGACUUCACGCUUAUCGGAAGGCCGCUCCUGAGGAAAGAUCUCGUCCGUGUGGAGGCUACCGUGAUUGAGAAGACGGAGUCGUGGCCGAAAAUCAACAUGCGCUUUCGGAAGAGGCACAACUAUCAGAAGAAGAAAAUCAUCGUGCACCCACAGACCGUCCUCCGGAUAAACACCAUAGAAAUUUUCCCGUGCUUGUUGUGAUGGAUUGAUCAGGCGUCGUGUGGCUUGGCUGUAUUAUUGCUUCAGGCAAUUAUGGAAAUAAAACUGCCUUCUCCGUGGAGAGCUCUGGACUUCUUGCUGGUGUUGGGAAUGGAAAUCUAUAUGUACUUUCUCGUUUAAAAAAGACAACAUGAAUAUUUUUUUAACUAUUA